AUGUCGGAGGUCAACAAACCGCUUCUAAAUGCCCAGAAAUGGGCGAAGGAAGCGCUGCGCUGCCUCAUUGGCGAGAAUUUACUGGAUAAGGAAUCUCUUCUUUGGACCAAGGUCCCAAUUGGUUCCAGCUCUAUGUUUUCAGGCAUGGGCUACAGUGAGCGAGCACUGCACUACAUUGAGGAUUGCCUCUACACCGUGGAGAAAGAUUCGAAGGCACGGGCUAGCCACCAGGACGUCCUUGGGGAUGGAUGUUCGUUUGUCGAUGUGGAGAGCUUUGUUCAGCCUAAGAUUCUAGAGCAAAUGAAGAAGGUGGGGGCGAGCAAAUCAGGCCUUAAGAGGUUUGACACCUGGUUGGAGAUGGCAUCCAAGUCUCCAUUGCCAAACAAAGCUUACUGCGCCAAGCACCUUUGUAUGUUCUGGGCUUAA